CUGAACUCAGAACUCUCCCCUGUCCCCAUAUAAGGCCUGGAAAUCUCGUCGAGUCUUUUAGCCCUAGCCCUAGCUUUUAGGUCCAAUUAGGGUUUUUGACCUCGAAGCUCAAAACUUUGAAGCUCAAGCCCAUUACCUUCGUCUUCCACCUCCAGUUUCUGUGCAGAAUUCGAAUUUCUUUCUGUAAUUCGGAUUUUUUUUUCCGGAAAUUUAAAAGCUAUCAUUCUGGAUUUGUUUUAUCCGGCGGGUUAUCGAUCGUUUAUUUGAUUUACUCCGCUGCAGAUCUGUUAAUCGAGGAUUAUGACUUCUAUGGAUAUAGAUUCCCCUUCAACCCCCAUCAUGGCCAUUACUCCUGUAAUACUUCCUGAUAACAAUGAAGCCUCCAUUUCUGAGGAGCAGCCCAAUAAACGCAGAAGAAAGAAGUCGAUUGUUUGGGAACACUUCACUAUAGAAACUGUUGGUGCUGGUUGCAUGAGGGCAUGCUGCAAGCAGUGCAAGAAAUCAUUUGCUUAUAUAACUGGUUCAAAGCUAGCUGGAACCAGCCACCUUAAGCGACACAUUGCCUUGGGGAUCUGUCCAGUAAGCCGUCAGAAAAAUGAAGCAUCCCAAUUGACACCAGGCGUGAAAACUGAUCCCCCUAAAAGACGCUACCGAGCAACUCCUGGACUUGGAAACAUUCCCUUUGAUCAGGAUCGUUGCAACCAUGAGAUAGCUAAGAUGAUUAUACAGCAUGAAUAUCCACUACACAUAGUGGAACAUCCUGCCUUUAUUGAUUUUGUCCGAACUCUUCAACCCCAGUUCAAUAUGGUGAGUUUUAACACUAUUCAAGGGGAAUGUGUGGCAAUUUACCUAGGGGAAAAGCAAAACCUUUUGAAUCUUAUCAGAGGGAUUCCUGGACGAGUCAACCUUACAUUGGAUUUAAAUACCUCAAACCUCAAUAUUGGCUAUGCAUUUCUAACAGGACACUUCAUUGAUGAUGAUUGGAAUUUACAUCGCCGGGUCCUUAAUGUUGUUAUGCUUCCCUUUCCUGAUUCAGAUUAUGCCUUCAAUCAAGCUGUUGUGUCUUGUAUAUCUGAUUGGAAUUUGGAGAACAGGCUAUUUACCCUUACCCUUGAUCAAUCCUUUGCAAAUGAAACUAUGGUAGGAAAUCUCAGAGGCCUUUUGUCUGUCAGGAAUCCACUCAUGUUCAAUGGUCAAUUGUUGAAAGGGAAUUGCUAUGCUCGUGUUUUAAGUCGUCUUGCUCAAGAUGCACUUGGAGCAAUGGGAGAAGUUACCAGGAGAAUUCGUGAAAGUGUGAAGUAUGUGAAAACCUCAGAAACGCAUGAUGAGAAGUUUGCUGAGCUGAGGCAACGACUUCAAGUCCCUAGUACAAAAGAGCUCAUCAUUGAUGAUCAAACCAAAUGGAACACUACUUACCAAAUGCUGGUGGCUGCCUGUGAAUUAAAGGAAGUCUUUGCUUGCUUGGACACCUCUGACCCUGUUUACAAGAUAAAUCCAUCAAUGGAUGAUUGGAAGCAGGUGGAAAUUCUCUGCACAUACUUGAAGCUUUUCUAUGAUGCAGCUUGCAUUUUAACUGCCCCAACAUAUCCUCCUGCCAAUGCAUUUUAUCAUGAAGUGUCCAAAGUCCAGCUAGAGCUGACACAUGCAGCCAUGAGUCAGGAUCCCUUUGUCAGCAACCUGACUAAACCUUUGAAAGAGAAGUUUGAUCAAUAUUGGAGGGACUGCUUCCUUGUUUUGGCAAUUGCUGUUGUGAUGGAUCCGAGAUUUAAAAUGAAGCUUGUUGAAUUCAGUUUUUCUAGGAUAUUUGGAGAGGAUGCUGGUAUGUGGAUCAAGAUUGUUGAUGAUGGGAUUCAUGAACUCUUUCUUGAAUAUCUUGCACCAAAUCUUUCUCUAUCAACAACUUUUAUGGAAGCGGAGGAUAUGGGUAUCUCCCGAUCAGAGAUUCUUCAAGAAGCACCCAAUCAAGAAGUAGCACCCCAGGAAGCAUGUUUUGAAGAAGUACCCCUUCAAGUGGUGUACUCUGCAGAUGUGCCUUCUCUAGAACACUCUCAAGGAGCAGCCUUUAAAGAUGUAAAGCCUGAAGAAAUUACUCCCCAAGUGCACCCUAAAAAAGAAUCUCCACAAGAUGCAUCUCCUCAAGUGAUACACCAUCAUGAAGUAGCCCAACAAGAGAUGCACAGUCAAGAAUUACCAAUGCAAGAGAUGCAGACUCAGGAACUACCUGUGCAGGAGAUGGACGCUCAAGAAAUGCCAGAGCAGGAUAUGCACACUCAAGAAGCACCAGUGCCAGAGAUGCAAACUCAGGAAGCACCAAUGCAGGAGAUGAAGACUAAGGAAACAACAGUGCAGGAGAUGGAGACUCAAGAAGCACCAGUGCAGCAGAUGCACACUCAAGAAGCACCAGUGCUGCAAGAAGUACCAUUGCAAGAUGCAGACACUCGAGAAGUACCUGCUCAAGAGAUGCACACUCAAGAAGUGUCUGCUCAAGAGAUUCAUGCUCAAGAGAUUCAUGCUCAAGAAGUGUCUGCUCAAGAGAUGAAUGCUCAAGAAGUUUCUGCUCAAGAGAUGAAUGCUCAAGAAGUGUCUGCUCAAGAGAUGCAGACUCAAGAAGUGUCUGCUCAAGAGAUGCACACUCAAGAAGUGUCUGCUCAAGAGAUUCAUGCUCAAGAAGUGUCUGCUCAAGAGAUUCAUGCUCAAGAAGUGUCUGCUCAAGAGAUGAAUGCUCAAGAAGUUUCUGCUCAAGAGAUGAAUGCUCAAGAAGUGUCUGCUCAAGAGGUGCAUGCUCAAGAAGUGUCUGCUCAAGAGGUGUAUGUUCAAGAAGUGUCUGCUCAAGAGGUGCGUGUUCAAGAAGCAUCUGCUCAAGAGGUGCAUGCUCAAGAAGUGUCUGCUCAAGAAAUGCAUGUUCAAGAAGUGUCUGCUCAAGAGGUGCAUGCUCAAGAGGUGCACACUCAAGAAGUACCAUCUCAAGAGAUGCAAGUUGAAGUUAUUUCUCAGGUGAUGCAUUCUCGAGAAGUACCGACUCAAGAGAUGCACCCCCCAGAAGUGGUGGCUCAAGAAGUGCACAGUCAAGAAGUGUUGACUCAAGAGAUGCACUUGUCAGAAGCACAAACUGAGCAUAUGUACCCUCCAGAAUCACAGAUCCAGGAGGUGCUCCCUGCAGAAUCACAGAACCAGGAGAUGCACCCUACAGAAUCAGAGACCAAGGAGAUGCACCCUAUAGAAUCACAGACCCAGGAUAUAAACCCUACAGAGUCACAGACCCAGGAGGUGUGCCCUCCAGAUGCACAGACCCAGGCAAUGCACCUUCAAGAAGCACAGACUCAUGAGAUGCACCCUCAAGAAGCAGAGACUCAUGAGAUGCACCCUCAAGAAGCACAGACUCAUGAUGUGCACUCUCAAGAAGUACAUGCUCAUGUAAUGCACCUUCAAGAAACAGAGACUCACAGGAUUCACCCUCAAGAAGCAGAGACCCAUGAGACUCUGCAUCAAGAAGUAAUGAGUCAAGAGAUGCAUCCUCAACAAGUAGAAACUCAAGAGAUGCACCAUCAGGAGUUCUCCCAAGAGAUGCACCAUCAUGAGCUCUCACGAGAGAUACUGCCUUAUGAAGGGCACCACCAAGAUUUACCUCUGCUAUCUAUUGGAGAUGGGCUUUCAGAUUUUGAUGUAUACAUCUCUGAGAUUGUAAAUAGCCAACACAUGAAAUCAGAAUUGGAUCAGUAUCUGGAGGAGUCUCUUUUGCCAAGGGUACACGAGUUUGAUGUGUUGGGUUGGUGGAAACUAAACAAACUGAAGUACCCAACUCUCUCUAAGAUGGCUGCUGAUAUUUUGUCAGUACCAAUUUCUACUGUUGCUCCAGACUCUGUAUUUGACACUGGAAGUAAAAAGAUAGAUAGCUACCGGAGUUCAUUGCGACCUGUGACACUUGAAGCCCUUGUUUGUGCUAAGGAUUGGCUCCAAUAUGGAUCGUCGGCAUUGUCAAUGGAGACUUCAAAUGCAGUUGUUAAAAUGGAAUAUUAGGUUCAUAGGAAUCAAUUUUCAUCCUACGGGGUAGGUACUUUGACUUGCAUUUCUAGGCUUGUGAUUUUAGUUUUGUAUUUUUCAAUUUUACCCUUAAUCAUGAGAUGCUUCUGUUAGGAAAUUUUCCUUUUUAGCUGAAGGAGUUGUGUUGAUGUUGGAUUCAGGAAUCACUUGUAAGUCCAUGCAUUUUCUUGUAUGGAGUUCUGAUAUGCAGCUUUCUCCCGCUGUUUGGUGUUUCUUCCCACCUAUUUCUGGGUGACUUUUAAAAGUGUCAUGUUGCGCCCUUUCCAGAUGAUGUCACUUGGCCUUCAUGGUAUUCAAAUAGAUAUGUUGAAUGGAUUAUUGAUUGUAA